AUGCAAAAAGGGGGUUCACCAAAAUAUAGCUUAACAAGCACACGAUCCCUCUCUGCAGGCAAAGAUGCUCAAAAACCUUUUGGAGAUAAUAAACCUUCAGAUAACUCCGAAAAUCAAUUAAUAACAGAAAAAUCUACAGCUGCUCUGAAUAAAUUAAAUCAGGUUGGAGAUAUACACACAGAAAUACUUGAAUCGUUGAAAAAUUCUCUUAAUAAGCUCCGCACAAAUACAACGUUUAUAACUGAUUCAGCAAAGAAUCGCGAAAAAUCAUCAGAUGCACAAUUAUUCGAAAGUAUCAAAAAUAGUGUUACGGAAAAUAUCGAGAGAGCUGAAAAAGCUUCGACAUUACAAAAUGAUGCUACAAAUUCUUUGAUGAAACAAAUUAAUGAGUUUAAAAGAGUUAUUGCAAGCAAAGAUUUAGAUAUUGCGAAACUCAAUCAAGCUAAUAAUGAACUGCAGAAAAAGAUUUCUUCUCAGAAUAAUAAAAUUAAUCAAGGAAAUGACGACAUAGACGAAAUCAGACAAGGAAAUGGAGAUAACUACGACCUUGGUUCUGCAGAUAGCAACAUGUUGUUUGCUUUAACACAAGAAAAUGAAUCGUUAAAAUCCCAACUCGACAAAGCUCUUGAAUUACCCAAAGAACUCGAAGCAUUACAUAAGAAGAACAGAAAUCUAAACUCCCAAUUACUUGAGGCUACUCAAAAAUCCGAAAAUCUUCAAAAUAGGCUUAAAUUAUCUCAACAAAAGACACAAGAAGCCGAAAACAGACAAUUUACAGCAGAAAACCAACUCAAACAAAUUGGAAAGGAUCUAGAGAAAGUAACUCUUGAGAAAUGCCAACUUGAACAAGAAAUCGCAAAACUCAAACAAAACCAAGAGUCUUCUAAAGUAAAUUCCGAUGUUUCCAAUGCAGAAACCAAUAAGUUCUUCAGUGCAUUUUCAGGCGUUAUUGGUACACAAGUCUCCAGCUUUAAACAAGCAAUUGAUUCUGUGAAUUCCAUCAAAGAAAUUGCAAAGAAACAAGCAGAAGAAAACGGCCAAACAAAGGAUUUACAGAAGACAAUUGAGAAACUCCAAAAGAAACUCCAGAAGAUGAAGGAACUCAACCUCAAUUUGAUCUCUGAAAAUGAACAGCUUCAGAAUGAGCACGCAGAGUAUCAAAAUGAACUUGCUGAGUUUUCCAACAGUGUUAAAGCGAAACUUUCAGCAGCAGGAGACCAAAACACAGAACUUCAACAGACAAUUGAAAACUUAAAGAACCAAAUUAAACAGAUCAAAGAUGAAAACAACAACCAACAGAACUUAAAUGAUGGAAUUGUUGAACAAAAAGACCAAGAAAUCGCUAAAUUGAAAGAUUUAGUUGCACAAAGAGAAACAAGAAUUAAUGAACUUAAAGAACGUCUUUCAUUACCAGAGAAACAAGAAUGCGAAGAAAGAACGAAACUUGUUGAAGAAGUCAGUAAGAAAGAACAAGAAAAAGUGAAACUUCAACAAGAAAUCGAUUCUUUGAAUCAAACAAUUUCAGAUUUGGAAGGAAAACUGAAGUUAAGCAUUGCUUCUAUCAAGAAGAUUUCUAAAGAGAAAGAUCGUAUCAGAGACAAAUUAAAUACAUCAAAGAACAGAGUUGCAGAACUUGAAAAGAAUGUUGCUUGUUUGAAUCUCGAAAAAGAUUCUCAUUUUGCAACACAAAACAGCACAAAUCUUGAGCUUGAAUCUUUGAAGAUGCAAUUGCAAGCUGCAGAAGUUUCCCAUACACAAGGAGCAGCAGCAUUCGAAGCACAACGCCAAGAAACAGAAAGAUUCAAGAAAUCUUUGUCACUUUUGGAACCAUUAGUUGCAGAUUUAAGAACACAAGUUUCACAGUUAACAGAUGAAAAGAACAAGUUAGCAUUAUGCCUCCAGAAACAAGAUAAAGCAAUGAAAGAUCUUGAAGAUCACCUCGCAGAAUCCAAUAAUAAGAACGAAAAUCUCGAGAAGAAAUUGAAGAAACGUCAAGAAAAAGACCAAAACUUUGCUGAUACACUUACAUCAAUUUCUUCUGUCAUUUCUAAUAACUUGAUUCCUCUCUUCCAAGAGCCUCUCCGCUCCAAACUCGUUGCUGUUCUCAAUGGAACACCAGGAUCUCCACUUCAGAAAUGUGCUGCAGUCUUCAGCGAACUUUCAAAUCAAUUUGAAAAAGCUGGAGAACCAGCCAAAGAAAAAGUGGCAGAGUUCGAGAGAAAGAUGAAAGAAGCUGAUGAAAGGAAGUCUUUGUAUGACACAAUCCUUUCAAUUAGUGAAGGCGCUAUUGAAGCAUUCUCUUACGUAUUAAGUUCCGCAAAGAGAGAUGAUGAAACAGCAGCUAAAUGUAAUCAACAAUUGAACAGAAACAAAGAAGUCAUUGAGUUUGCAGCGAAAUCGAUCCAAAACAUCGAAAAUGUUGUUAGAGGAAAUGACUUACUUGAUACUCAAUUUGCUUCUAUGAGCUUCUUAGUUGGUGGAAGCUUCGAAGACAGAAGAGUUGCAUUGCAAGACAUUGCUGUAAAAGGCUGGGAUUCAAGGAUGACGUUUGAUUUAUUGUGCUUGCAAUUACUUGUUAAUCAGACACAAGAAAAAGAAAUACAAGCACUCAGAAUGUCAUUUGAAAAUCUCCAAAACGAGAUGUCAAGAAUGACUGAUGUUUCUGGUGUAAACGACGUCGAAAAUGUCGCAGAUUACAUCGAGAAACUAAAAGCUAAAUAUAGAAAGGCAAGGCAGAUGAACAAACAAUUAUCUCAGUACUUAGGAGAUAUUGAAAGCCGUGAAGAAAGCAUUGAACAAAGAGAGAAUUUGGUUGAAGCUUGUGAAGAAUUGAAAGUUCAAUUGUCAGAAUUUGACCAAAAAGUUAAAAAUCUUCAGCUCAAGAUUGAUGAAUCCGAGAAAGAAAUUGCAAAGAAAGAUAGCAAGAUAAGCAGUCUUGAAAGCCAGUUAUCUAAUUCUCAUGUUUCAUCAACAGAAGAAAUCGCAAAUCUCAGAAAAGAAAAUGCUGAUUUAGAACAUGAAAUCGAUGACAAGAAUGCAACAAUUAGAUCAUUAACUGUUCAAUUAAGCCAAUUAAAGAAUGAUACAGAGAUCCAAAUUAAUACUGCAAAGAAGGCUUCAGAAGAUUCUCAAUCUUCAUCACAACAGAAACAAGAGAAAUUGCAGCAAAUGAUUGUAAGUCUCAAAGAUAAAAAGAAACAAGUUGAAAAAUGUUUGACACAGAAAUUACAUGGCCAACAAAAGCAACAACAAGGAGAAAUAGACAAACUUGUUGCAUGCCAGAACGAGUUGAAGCAAAAGCUUGCUGAAACAGUUGCAGCAAUGCGUCAACAAAGUGAUGAAAACGCUAAUUUAUCAAAGAAAUUAGCAGAAAACUUGGCAAAUAGUGAAGAAAAGAACAAAUCAAUGAUGAAUGAUAUAACUAAACUUACAAUGAUGAAGAAGUCUCUUGAAGUACAAAUACAAUCACAAAUGGAUCAACACAAGAGAGAAUUACAGUUAGUUAACUCACAAUUCGCAUUUAAAGAGCUAGAAAAAGAAACACAGCAUCAAGAAGAAAUCGCUACUUUGAACGCUAAAUAUUCUUCGGAGAAAAAUUCAUUCAUUGAAAAAGUUUUAGGUGAACUUGGAAUAUUAGAUCAGAUAGAGGAUGAUUUGGAUGAGGAAACCGCUCUACAAGCAAUUCAUAAUGCUGUAGCAGCUCAUCCUGUUCAUUGUUUAGUUUGA